AUGAUUAUUCGCGCAGCCCAAGGGGUGUGUAAUUUCGGGAUUGCAAAUUUCCAGCGCAAUGCGCGUGCGAGAACGCCGCCGCCGCAGCAGCAGCAACGGCCACUGCAUGAACAGCAACAGUUGGAGCGGCAUUGGCAGCAGCGGCGGUCGAUGGUGGGAGAUCUGCAGCUGCAAAGGGUAUUUGCCUCUACCAUACAGCUGUUUCAGCGGCAGCAUCACCCAACAGGAGCCUCUGAGAGAAGAAGCAGCGGCGGCAACAGGAGCAACAGCACCAAACACUGCACUGGCGGCCGCCGCCACGACUUAGGUUCAAUAUCUGGUUUAGUUGGAACCAUGCCAUCAGUAGUUGGCUCACGAUGCCUGAUACAACGGGCUUCCAUGAAUUCUGUUGCUGUAGUUUCUCAAUGGAAGAGUAGCACCAGCGACCGGUGUGGCCGUGACGACAUUAAGUGGGGUGGCCGCGUGCAGUCUUUUUCCUCGAAGCAGAGGGGCGUUUCACAUAUAUCUGACUUUUUAAUGCAGCAGAGACAGCAGGGGGGGCAGCAGCAGGAAGAGGGGAAUUUGUGGUGGGAGGAUGCAGAAACGGAGAGUCAACUAGAUUUCCUCGGUGCUACCGCUGCUGGUGUGGAGGGUCGUUGCACUGUUGUUCGGCAGCAACAGCAAUAUGAGGAACACAGGCAGCAGAGGCAACAAGCGUACUCUAUGGGGGCAAAGGAUCUAGGGGAUUCGCCUCGACGAAUGCUAGUUUGUGCAGCAACUACUGAUGGCCCCUUUCGUUCAUCUGCUCACCACGAUGCAGAAACAGCACAGCUAGUAACAACUAAAGCAGCUGCGACAGCUGCAGCGACAGAAGGCACAGGAGUGGCGGCGGGAGAAGUGUCUCUAUUUCUAAUGGCUUCGCCCCUCACACCAGCCGAACGCCAGGAGCUGCUGUGCCUUUGGCGUCGUCUGUCCUCUAGGGAGUCUCUUCUGAAGUCUUCCGAAGGCAUUUCCGAGGGACCCUCUCUAGCGGCGCUUCUGGAGGCGCGGUGGAGCCUCCCGGCUUCCUUGUUCUCAGCGGCACACACACAAACGGCGUACCUUCGCUGGCUUUACAAUUCUCUGCAGGAACACCAGGAGCAGCAGUACUGCCAGGCGCAGCAGCAGUUGCAGCAGACGCAGCAAGAAAAACAGGAACAGGAUUGCGAACAGCGGCAGGCGAGGCGCCAUGAAAUGAGUAGCUUAGAGAGCAUGCAGUCGGAUGCCUUCAGGGAUUUACUCCAAUCGAUUCGAGGCCAAUUCGACCUCGAGGAAGCAGCAGCAGCCAGGAGUGUCAAGCACCAGCCUCAUGAGAGGCUGCAAGUGCUGAUGCAAGAGUGGACGAGGGCUGUGAGAGGCCGGCAGGAAGGGGACCUUCUUACCAGCACCUAUCGGCUGCUUCUGGAAGUCUGUGCUGCAGUUGAUCGCCCUCUGGGGCCCCUCUCAGGGACCCCUGGUACUGUGAAAGACCCAGCAGUCUCUCCUCUGCUCCCUCCUGCUGCAGGUCCCUUGCUUGCUCUCUACCGAAUAUACUUGGCAAAAAGUGGUAUAUCUGCUGCUGUAUCGUAUAAGAACAUCUUGAAGCUAGUGGAUCUGACGACUCCUGAGCUUUGGUUUCCCGUCGGACGCCAGCGUCAGCGCCGGGUUUGUCUUUCCUUGGGGCCGCCGAAUAGCGGCAAAACCCGGGGAGCCCUUGAGGCCCUCCUGGGGGCCGCAAGUGGGUGCUACAUGGGACCGCUUCGUCUGCUCGCCACUGAGGUGUACAGUGAGUUACGGAAGAAAGGUGUAAGAUGCUCUCUGAUUACAGGGCCUUCGAAGAUCAUAGACCCGGAGGCGACUCAUGUGUGCAGCACAGUAGAGGCUGCUCCUUUAGAUAUGGACUUUUCCGUCGGGGUGAUCGACGAAGUGCAGCUCUUGGCGGACCCACACAGAGGGCCCGCGUGGACUCGAGCGUUCUUGGGCCUCAGGGUAAGGGAGUUGCACGUAUGUGGAGAGGUGGGGGCGGAGCCUUUGGUGAAGAGUCUGGUGUUGCGAUGCGGAGAUACAAUCUACAGGGAGGACAGAAAGGCCUCUCUGGCCAGCGUAAAGGUAGAAACAGAGGCCCUGCCCGCUGAUUGGAUUGCAGCCCUUCAGCCGGGAGAUUGUCUCCUUGCCUUCUCUGUAGUCGACUGUUGGAGACUCAAGGCCCUUCUUUCGGCUUCAGGCGUGCAGGCAGCUAUGUUAUACGGGCAACUGCCCCCUGAGGUCAGGGUGCAACAAAUAGAAAGCUUCAAUGAGGCUGUAAGAAUGCACUCAUGCGAGCAGCAGCAACAUGUUCAGGAUAAGUGGGGACAGCAGAAUCUACCGACUGUGCAUCCAGAUGAAGCACCCUCCCAACCCGCACAAGGGGCAGCAGGUGAAACACGAGCAUCAGCAACAUUAAAACCAGAAGGAGCAGCAGGCUUAGCAGACGCAGCAGCAGGAUCUUCCCUUCCUGCUCAUUCUGUGCUAAUAGCGACGGAUGCCAUUGGCCUUGGGGUGAAUUUAUCAAUUCGUCGCAUCAUAUUUACUUCCACUUGUAAAUACGAUGGGAUCUCUCUAAGGCCACUGGAUGCCUCCGAGGUGCGGCAGCUGGCCUAUAGGGCCGGGCGAUUUGGGGGACCGUGGGGAGCUCAAGGAGGUCUUGUGAGUGCCUUGCAACAAGACCAGCUCGAUGAGCUCCGAACCAUCCUUGAAGGCCCAUCUGUUUCUGCACCUGCUCUAAAGGCGGCAGCUCUGUUGCCGGAAAGAUGGGCCUUUGAAUUGUUUGCUCAUUUUGCAGCGGGGGAACCUCCAAAGUGCACUGCUCGCCUCAUGCAAAAAUUCGUCUCCCUGUUGCACACAAAGGCUCCAUACUUUAUACCAGCUGGAGCCCUUCACAAGGCUGUCGCUGUGGCAGCCUUGCUGCGGGACGUUGCGUUGCCGCCUCCGGAGUUAUAUAUCUUCUGUAUGGCGCCUGUUUCGGUCUCACGGUGCACCCAGGGGCAUCGAAACGAACGGCAUCAGGAGGGAGGACACUCGAAUAUGCCGGAAUCAGAAGAUAAGGCCGAGUUGCCGUGGCAGGGUGCAAUUGAUGUGGACAACAGCCAUAGCCCUGAAGCGGCAGGAACAGAGGGAACAGGAUCAGAUUCAGCAGCAGCAGUAACUGCAGCAGCAGCUAGUAUCAGUCUACCCAUGCAGGCAGCCCUGCGUUCUUUUGCUGUCUCCCUGGCUGCAACUCGAGUGGUGCCGUUGCCCUCUCCAUUCCGUGUCGUCCGGAAAACAGACAAAGAACAACAGCAACACCAGCGGAUGCAGCACUUGGGGCUGUGUUCUGCAGAAGAAGGGCCCUGGAGCUCCUAUACGGCGGCUGGUGUUGGAUAUUUGGGGGGCACAGUUGAUCCCGCAUCUGAUGGGGAGGAGACAGAAGCAACCCCAGCAGAGACAAUAGAGGCCCUUAGGGCGUGGGAGACAAUCUAUCAGGUCUUAGACUUGUAUUUGUGGUUGGCGGAGAAGCUCCCAACAGCGUUCGUUGAUGCGCCACUGGCACUGAGUGGGAGAUCCCUUGCGGCUGAUGUAAUCGCGAAGGCCUUGCAGAGGGAGAGGCCUCUCCAAGGUUUGGGGGCUCGUGACCAGCUCGAGCAAUUCUAUCGUUCACGAAUGCCCAAGGAUUUGAAGGAAACCAGUGGUUUUCGGCCCCAAAAAAGCCGUGAGACGCAGCACGCCUAG